UGCUGGCCGGUUUGCAAGCGCCCGGUUCCGCCCCAGUCUGCUUUCGUUUCCCCGUCAGACUUCGUGAAGCUCUAGGGAGUGAAUUUGAGAAGAAGGCACCCGAAAGCCGGGACCUCUGCGCCGGCUGCGCUUGGUGUUCGCCGUGUCUGCGACUUUCUCGUCAGAGGGGCGUUGAGCUUUAGGUUAUGCUGACAACACUUUCAUUUCUGAUGGACUCAGAGCACAUGAGGAAAGGGAGCUUCUGUCUGCUAGCAAAGAUGAGCCAACAGACACUAGUUAAAUCAUGGAGGAAGUCUCCCUGUGCUGCUCAGCAAUGAGAGCUUGCUUCCUCAUUCCACCUGGGCCAUACAAGACUGCAUCUUUUUGCUUUCUCCCUUGUCCUUCCCUAAGACAGGAUGGAACUGAAAUACAGAUAUACAUUAACUAAGGAGUUGGAAUAAGACUUGAGUCCUGCUCUGUGAUAUUUAUAUACCUGGACCAUGAACUUGCUGUUUGACUUCAUGCUUUAGGAGCCUCUGUAGUAACUGUGUGAAGCUGUUGGGAAUCAUGGCAUUCUCUCCAUGGAAGCUGUCCUCUCAGAAACUUGGCUUUUUCCUGGUGACUUUUGGUUUCAUUUGGGGAAUGAUGCUUCUGCAUUUUACUAUUCAGCAGCAAACACAACACGAAAGCAGUUCAGUCCUGCGUGAGCAAAUUUUGGAUCUCAGCAAAAGAUACAUCAAAGCAUUAGCUGAAGAAAAUAAAAAUGUGGUUGAUGGGCCUUAUGUUGGGACAGUGACAGCAUAUGAUUUAAAGAAGACACUUGCUGUCUUGUUGGAUAACAUCUUGCAGCGCAUUGGGAAGCUGGAGUCCAAGGUGGAGAAUCUUGUACUUAAUGGAACAGGAGCAAACUCUACCAACAAUACUACCACUCCUGCUCCCAGCUUAGGAGCAGUCGAAAAGCUUAAUGUAGCAGAUCUCAUAAAUGGAGCCCAAGAACAGUGUGAAUUGCCUCCUAUGGAUGGUUUUCCUCACUGUGAAGGGAAAAUAAAGUGGAUGAAAGAUAUGUGGCGAUCGGAUCCCUGUUAUGCAAGUUAUGGUGUAGAUGGGUCCACGUGCUCCUUUUUUAUUUACCUCAGUGAGGUUGAAAAUUGGUGUCCUCGUUUACCUUGGAGAGCAAAAAAUCCUAAUGAAGAAACUGAUCAGAAAUUAGUGGCUGAAAUUCGUAUCGACUUUGAUAAUCUCUACAAAAUGAUGUCAAGACAUGAGGAAUUCAGAUGGAUGAUGUUACGCAUCAGACGCAUGGCUGAUACCUGGAUUGAAGCAAUUAAAUCACUUGCAGAAAAACAAAAUUUGGAGAAGAGAAAACGAAAAAAGAUUCUUGUACAUCUGGGGCUUUUGACAAAAGAAUCUGGAUUCAAGAUUGCAGAAAAUGCAUUUAGCGGUGGCCCACUUGGUGAAUUAGUCCAGUGGAGUGAUUUAAUUACAUCUCUUUACUUACUGGGCCAUGACAUCAGGAUUUCAGCUUCACUGGCAGAGCUCAAGGAAAUUAUGAAGAAGGUUGUAGGUAACAGAUCUGGCUGCCCUACUCAGGGGGAUAAAAUUGUAGAACUCAUUUACAUUGAUAUUGUGGGUCUCACUCAGUUUAAGAAAACCCUUGGUCCAUCAUGGGUACAUUACCAGUGCAUGCUGAGAGUUCUGGAUUCCUUUGGAACUGAACCAGAGUUUAACCAUGCCCAUUAUGCCCAAUCUAAAGGCCACAAGACACCAUGGGGAAAGUGGAACCUUAAUCCACAGCAGUUUUAUACUAUGUUCCCUCACACUCCAGAUAACAGCUUCCUUGGAUUUGUGGUAGAGCAGCAUCUGAAUUCCAGUGACAUUAAACAUAUUAAUGACAUCAAAAGGCAGAAUCAAUCUCUUGUUUAUGGCAAAGUAGAUAAUUUCUGGAAGGAUAAGAAGGCAUAUCUGGACAUCAUCCACACCUAUAUGGAAGUCCAUGGAACAGUCCAUGGCUCAAGCACUAUGUAUAUUCCUGGCUAUGUAAAAAAUCAUGGUAUACUCAGUGGGCGAGAUUUGCAGUUUCUACUGAGAGAAACCAAGCUGUUCGUUGGUCUUGGAUUUCCAUAUGAAGGGCCGGCUCCUUUAGAGGCUAUUGCUAAUGGAUGUGCUUUUCUAAAUCUAAGAUUUAACCCACCAAAAAGUAGCAAAAACACAGAAUUUUUCAAAGGCAAACCUACACUCCGAGAGUUGACAUCUCAGCAUCCCUAUGCUGAAGUUUACAUUGGGAAGCCCCAUGUCUGGACUGUAGACAUCAAUGAUCUUUCUGAAGUUGAGAAGGCUGUGAAAUCAAUUUUGAACCAAAAGAUCGACCCUUAUUUGCCCUAUGAAUUUACAUGUGAGGGAAUGCUCCAGAGGAUGAACGCCUUUAUUGAGAGACAGGAUUUCUGUCAUGGGCAGGUGAUGUGGCCCCCAUUAAGUGCCCUUCAGGUAAAAAUUGCUGAACCUGGAAAAUCAUGUAAACAAGUUUGUCAGGAAAGCCAGCUCAUCUGUGAGCCUUCCUUCUUCCAGCAUCUUAACAAGGACAAAGCUCUGCUUAGGCAUAACAUUGAAUGUCUCACCAUGGAGUCUGCAAAUGACAUUCUGGUCCCCUCUUUUGAUGGAAGAAGGAAGCACUGUGUUUUCCAAGGUGACCUCUUAUUAUUCAGCUGUGCCGGAGCCCACCCAACUCACAGAAGAAUCUGCCCCUGCAGAGACUACAUUAAGGGGCAGGUUGCACUUUGUAAAGACUGCCUAUAGCAGCAGCAGAGCUUUUGAGUUGAGGACAAAAUGUAAGUAGUUUGGAGAGGAGCUACUUAACACUUCCUGCACUUUUGUCCAGGGUUUUUGCUGCAGGCAGAGCUAUCAUUGCUGGGCAGAAUUAUCUACUAAGAGAGGAGGGAUUCAUAACAAACAGCUAACUGAUCUUUUGGGUUUUUUUUUCCUAUAAGAACAUUUGCAGUGUAACUCUCCAGAUUCCUUCAUCUGUUUGCAAAGAGAAAAGAGUUUCAUGUUCUACAGUGAUUUGAAGAUGACUGCACAGAAUAGUUUGUAGAAAACUCCCAGACCCAUCAAACUUCUUUUUUUGUUGUUUGGAUGAAGUGUUUUCUAUUUUUUAAUGAGUUACAACAUCUCUCCAUCAUGGUUAGCUAAAGGAUCUCAACUUCAUUCCAGUAGAGAAUCAAAAAAAGUGUGCUUAAGGGAGGGAGGACUGACAUUUAACUCUAGGUGCACUGGUUUAGGUACUGCUUUAGCUUGAAUGGCUAUAAAGUGGUUUACUUCCCAAGAACUUGGAAUCACAACAUAGCUCCGCACCCUAUGAUUGGGUUAUCUGGGCCCAGAUCUUAUUUCUUUUUCUUUCUUGUUUUGUUGUUGUUUUUUUUUUAAUUUUUGUAUACAACAAGGUAUUGUCUGCAUCACAGCUGCUGCAUCAGAGCAAUCUCAACAGAGAGUAUCAUGAAAUGAGCAGAUAGGCAGUUACCAACAUGUGACACAUCAUCUUGGUGGCUCGACAACUGACUAGGGCUGUGGCACUUUUCAGCGUGGAAAAGCUACAAACACAUACUGCCAUGUUCAGAAUUGUCACAGUUUACUGAUCCCAUUUAGAAAAUAAUCCUUGGAAUUUGCCCAUGCUUCUGUUGUUGUCUGUCUACGAGAAAUACUGUGUGAAGCAAAAAAUCUUCAGCAUCAUUGGAGCAAUAUUAUCAUUAGAGCCUCGGUUUGCUACGGCUUCCAGUAGUUAAAGUGUUGCUGAAUGACAUAGAAAGGUUAAAUUAAGCUAACUAUAAUUAUUGUAUGGUAGAAAUGUAAAAUGUCUUCAUAACUAGCUAGGUUUUUAAAGAGAAUUUUUUUUUCUGAGGAACAAGUAAGAGGAGACAAACAACUGCUAAGAAAAGCACUGAUCAGUCUCUUGGGUUCUUUGAUUGGUUUUCUCUUUGGGAAGGGGGUGUGUUACUUUUUUCCUUCUUUUUUUUUUUUUAGCAGGCACUACUUACCAAUUAAGAAUAAAACAAUUCAAGCGUUUGGAAUUCAAAUCAAACUUCACUUUUUAGAGCAGCAAGUUAAGUCUUCUAAAACAACUUCUUUUUUUGUACAGGUGAUUUUUGUUAUUUUUAGCAGAAGGUGGCAUGCUUGACAGCACCAUUUGUAGUCAGGAAGUGAUGUGCUCAGAUGAGUGAGAAACAAAUCUGCAGUAUGUUUUUAAAGCAGGUUAGCAGUUUGGAUGUGCUCUGACCACACUGGAAGAAACCCUCAAAUCAACACGAAGGGUUUUUUCAUAAAGAUUAACAAACAUUGCCAGGUGAUAAUGAAGAGCAUAGAUACUUGAAAUGUUCCUUUCUUGGAUGUAUCUGGUUGGUUCAGGUUUUUCUUGUAACUGGCAUUCAUUACCCAUGUGGGAAUGUUGGUGUAUCUCUUGACCUACCAAAGACCAAGCAAGGGAAAUGCUGUUCCGUUGUGGAUGAACUCUUAAGACAGGAGAACAGAACAGCAUCCAUUUAAAGUUUCAUUUUAAAAGGAAUUAAUUAGCUGUUCCACAGGUUUUGUUUCCUGCCUCAGCACUUCUGGCUGUGUUAUACUGUAACACUCCAUAGCAUUGCCAUGAACUACACAGGAACUUAAUCCUGAGAGAUUGUUGAGUAUCCACAGAGGAUAUGUGGGAGCUGUUGAGCAGCAGGGUCACCAGUAACUGGGUUGUGAUCAUGAUAAAAUCUGCUGUAUUUUAGAGUAAUUUUCCAGAACCGGAACAGCUGGGUUCUAAAAUGGGAGGCAAACUUUUUGCAUGAAAAGAAAACAAACACAAACUAUGAUGAAAGUUCGUACUGUUCCAUAGCUCAGCAUUUGCUUCAGUCAGCACAAAUGUAGUUUGCAAUAGUUUUAAUACCCUGGAAAAGCUGGGAGGGGAGGAUUGGAAAUGGGUCUGAGCAGGCACAGCAAUUAAUUUUGUAUUUAUAUAAAAUAUUUCCCACAUUCCUGUGCGUAUUUGUGCAACUGGAAAAUUCUGUGUAUAAAAGUAUAUAUACUCCCACCUGGUGCUGAAAGUAAAGGCAACAGCAGAAUAUGUCUUUACCAGUUUAGCCUGAGGUUCUUCAGGCAGGAAUUUAUUUUGGAAUGAGCUAUCACAGAAUUAUGUUGGAAACAAAGGUUUGUAUGUGUGCACUUAACGAAUGCAAAACACGUAGUUUCUGCUGUAGUGUAAUUCUUUGCUGUAAAUACAUAUUUGCUUGUUCACACACACACUGUAAGGUCCACAUGGCAUACUGCAUUUUAUUUUGCCUCUAAACCUUUAAAGAUGGGAGGGUUUUGGUAGUUGUUAUAAAUUUUCUGCUCUAGUGCUUUGCUCAAUGCUAAGUUUGCCUUUACCACAGCAGGGAGAGUCUGUUAUAAGCUCUGUUAUUUUCAUGCUGUAGCACUGUUUCUUUCUAGCCUACUGAACUGAAUUACUGCAUAUUGGCAAAAAUGGAACAGCAAACACUGAUGCUGCUUGCAUUUCAGGCAGGGACAGAACAUCCAUAUUGGCUUCAGAAUUGGUUGGGUCUGAUCCUGUUUCCACCGAAAUCUAUAGAGAAAACUCCCUAAAGGAAAAAGAAUCAAGACCCAUAACUUGAUAUUAUUAAUUUUAUUGGUAUUAUUAAUUUUAACCUCUGUUUUCAGAAGAAAGAUUGCUUGUAGGAAAUACAGCUUCAGUGUAACUUUCUGAAAAGGAGACCAUCAUACAGGAACUGUAAGUGCAUGAACUUUGUAAACAUCACUCACUGCACCGGAUUUCGCACCGUCACCAGCAGUGGGUGUUGGUGCUUGGUAAGGAAGGGAACCUUUCCACAGACAAGCAGUGGGGCAAAUCCAUGUGGGACUGUUGGAAUUAUUUACUAAGGCAUAUAAUAUAUAUCUACAUUUCAGGGCAGAGGGCAGCCUUCUGUCCAAGUUCCAUAACUACUUUCCUUCCUAAUUAGAGUAUAAAGGUGUAGUCCACUUAUUGCACUUAACCAGGGAUGCUGGAGGUGGGGCUGUGCUGCUGUGUUUCAGUCUGACAGUGAAGCUUGCAGCUUCCUUCACUCAGAAAUCAGGUUUUUGCAUGACUUGCAUUUGAAUAUAUUGUUCAGCGACUGAUGGGGAAAAAAAUGUCAAAAGUUGAAUUGAAAAACCUUUUACGAGCUUUCAAAACAUAUCUCUCAUAUCAAGACAUUCUUUGUUUUAAAAUUUUGUAUUUUUGUAUGUGACCUAGUUGUUUUCAAAAAUCUUGUUCUUACAAGAUUAGAGAACUUGAGAGAAGCAUUUACAUAUUUAUUGAAAUGAACAUAAAAGGCUUGCCUUUGAAAGGUAAAGUUGGUAAAUACACACUGUCUAAAAAUGCCAAUAAAAACCUCAUUUAUUUCAUAUAUGCAAGUUGAUUUGCACAUGUAUAAAUAGAGUUGCUUUUUGCUUUUUUUGCUUAGUUUCUGUUUCUUUUUGUAAUUUACAGUCACAGCUGUGUGUUUGCUUGUUUAUAUCAGAUUAUGUUUCUCCUGCAAAUAUUUAAUGUUUAUGUGCCUUUUUUUACUUUGGGGUUUGGAUGAGUGUUUGGAUUAUGGACACUGUCUGAACAAGUAUAAUGGAACACUAAUUACAGGUAAAAAUAGUACUUGAUGACUAUACAACUUAGAGGUAUGAAUUCUGAAUAUUUUAAGUAGUAGAGAAAUCUGUUCUAAAAUGGUAUGGUAAGAGUUAAAAAGAUAAAACUGUAAUUUUAACAAUUCUGGCAAAACAUUGCUUUUGUGAGCAACAUACCCUUUCUAAAUACCUGUUAAUUUGACAUGAGAGCUCCUGCUGGGAUGGGUUGUGUGUUUGAUGACCAGAGAGCAAACUAAAGCCUGUACAUUCCCCAAGAGACAGUGCUAACAAACCUCUAGAAACAGCCACCUCUGAUUUGAUCAGCAGGAAAACUGCAGAUCCACAUGAAGUUUGUGAGGUGUUGGUUUGUCAGACAAACACGUCUGUCCGUGGAAGUGCGUGGGGCAAUUCCUCGUGCUACCAGGAGAAGUACAAUCCUUGUAUCAUACCCGAGUUUACAGCUCUUGGAGGGGAGGGAACUCUGGAUUUUGAGCUUAUUGCAGAUUUCUUUUCUUUUUAAUGCUGCUUUUCUGCAAGAAGAGUGUUUUGCAGCCUAGGUGGUGCUCAGGUUGGUUUCAGCUGGAGAUGGCAGAAGGGGUUGCGGACAGAGCCAGGACUCUGUGUGUUCCCUGCUCAGCUCUGCUCCCCACCACUCCUGCUGCUGGUUGUACCUUGCUUAUUGCAGUCAGACUUGCUGAAAAAAUCUCUGUUGAGAUCAGCUGCAAAUCAGGUUGUUGGCCAGUGACUUCUCUCCUCACUUCAUCAUGCUGUGCUAUCCUUAAAUAUCCUAAUUCACAUCCUUGGUUUAUCCUUGAUACGAAAGACAUGCUCUCCCCUCUCAAAAAUGAGCAGCUUGUCUGAGUAACACAGAUGAUUUACGAGUUUGCAGCACUUUUCACAUAAACAAAUCCCAAAUGGCUGUCUCAGGUAUGUAGUUUGCUCAUAGUGCAUUUCAGGACCAGAUUUUGUUAGUAAAAUUAAUUAAAUGGGAUGAAUUGGACUGGAUACAAUCAUCCAAGUCUAAUUAACUUUGUGACUCCCACAGACUUCAGUGAUAGCAGAACUCCUCCAUUCAUUUUUCUUCACAUUAAAAAAGCAGCUCUCCCUUUUUAAUAAAUAUAUAAAGCACUGUAUCUUACAAGAUAAAGACCAAACACAUGCAGUUGUAUUGUACACGUAUCAGCAACCAGCUUCACUUGCUGUAACAUACACCAUCUCUGAGUUGAUGUUAAUCAAGUAUCAGCUGAUAACUUGGUUUAGUAGCUGCUCAGUUUGGAGUUGGAGGGGUUGGGUAUUUGUUGUUUUUUUAAAGAGACUAUUGGUUAUCAGUUUUCAGUUUCACAGCCUUUUUUUCCAGGGGUGCUAACAUUUUGGCAUGGCUCUUUCUUUGUGACAUUUGCCCUACAGCUGCUAUGCCUUCCACUUUUGACUUGCAGUCUCUUUCCAUUUGCAGUGUUUGGUCCCAUCCUUUCAGGGGCUGCCAUAAAGUGGAGGAGAAUCAUGCACUGCCAGAGUGGGCUUUCCUGCAGGCUGAAAGGGCCAGGGCCAGGUACAGUUUCACUGGGACAUGCUUUAAUGAUCCUCAUGUAAAUGUAACAUCAAAACAUACUUUUUUAUAGGCAGUGACUUGAAUCUCAUCUUCAUAUUUUUAAGCAGCUCUAUAGGUUGGGUUUAACAUUAGCUUGCAAUUUCUGAGUAUGAUAUUUAAAUGGAAUGUGUAAACACCAAACUCCACGUAUCUCGUGUGAAAUGUUUACUGUAGGAAUGUAUUGAAAAUUCCAGAGGCUGAACCCCAGAUGUGAGGUAUCCUUCAUGUUCUUUCUUUCAGGGAAAAAUAACAAAGUGCAACUGUUGCCAGAGUGUCUUGAUAGGUGUAAUCUUUACAUAUUCAUGUAAUUAUGAACAUACACUAGUGUGUUUAUGAACAUACACUAGUGCUCUCUCAACAGCACUAAGCCACCUGUUUAUUAAAUGGGUAAAUAAAAUCAGGUCCUCAAAGUUCUGAUAAAAUGAGUAAUAACUCCACCUUCCACACACAGAAACUGCUUGGAAAAAAUCAGUUUGUAAUCAAGUGACAGAUGCCCUUCCCUGUGCUGGGAAGGUCAGUGCAGGUGCCAUGUAACUAAGGUGGGCUCUGCAUGGGAACAGAACUUGUCACCUUGCCUAAGGGCUCGCAGAACUGGAGCACCUUGGACCCUGUUGUCCUGGUGUUUCAACAGCUGCUUCUCUGUAAAACAGUAAUAACAUCUGUAUCACACUGCACUGUCCUUCUUGCCAGUGCUGGCCCCAGGGCAGUGCUGCUGCACUCGUGGCUGGGCACAAAGUCACAGCUCAGUCCUGCAGGAGCCAGCAAAAUCCUUGGCCUGGAGGGAGCUUGUAAAUAACAGGAUGGCAUUUACUGGAGCCAUCCAGGAACUUGGCAACACAUCCUGGCUCAGACUCCAGCAGCUGCAAAGUAGUUUGAAGUAUCAAAUAGGUACACAAUAAAUCAAGUUAAAUUGCUGUCUGAAGGCAGUUAAUUUUAAUAGGUUAUACCCAGAACUAAUUUGUUACAUUCAUUAACGGGUCUGUUGCAGAACAGUGCCAGUGACAACCAUUUUUAAGCAGCCAUGGGUUUAUCAGGGUUUUGCACAGGAAUGCAGCAGGGGCGUGCAGUUUUUACCAAAGGAAAAAGGAAUAAUUCUUAUUAAAUGAUAAAAGUUACCCUGAAGAUUCUAAGAAAGCUGAGAAAGUAUUACAAGGGACUAUUUACAAAGCUGAUUUGAGCUCGGAGAAGCUGAUCCCCCUGAGCUUGUGUGGCUGACAGCCGAGGUCCUGCAGAGGGAAAUUUGGGGCAGCUGUUUGGUUUCUGGUCUGAAUGAUUCCCUGGAGGAGUCUCUCUGUCUCUCCAUGGAUGAAAGGGGUCAAAAUCUGAACAAUCCCUGUAGCGCUCGAAAUUGGAAAAACAACCUACUGAAAUCUGAAAAAAUAAAAAGGUUACUGCUUUUUGCAGAUAGUAGUUUGGAGUCAAUGACAGAUUUUUAUACAUCCAUGAGAACUUCAGGGUCAGGCUGGUACUAUGUAUGGUUUAAAUUCUCUCCUAAAAGGUUGAUCCUUUGUUUUGUUUAAUUGGUUGUGUUCCACUAUAUUACGUUCAAGCAGUUUGAUUUAGAAAGAACAGAACACAGUGGUUCAGAUUCUGUCAAGUUACUGGGGUUCAAUAGGAUGGGGGUUUUAUAAUUUUAUUUGAUUUUUUAGAGAAGUAAAUGUCUGUACUUUAAUGGCAUAGAAAAAAAUGCUUUGUUUUCACUGUUGUAGAAGAAAACUAGGGAGAAGUUUAUUUUUCAAUAAACCUUUUUCUUGUGUGA